UGCUUCUCCUUCCCUUGGGCAUCAACCCCAGUCCAGAUCUAUGCAGUGAGUCAACCGUCGAGCUGGCCCCUGACGUUUUGGAUUAUUGCCAAUUGUCUCGGUGUGAUUACGAUGCAACUUCACCCGGCGCUUGGUUCUAGAACGUCCAGCCAAUGUCGACUUUUGACGGGUUUGUUGAAGAAUUUCCAUUCAUCCAAAUCGAUUAUUUCCGGAAGUCGCUUGAUAGACCACCUCCGCUAGCCUGCUUCCUCAGCCAUGUCCACAGUGACCAUCUACAGGGCCUGGAGUCCUUCAGAGCCCCGUUCAUCUACUGCUCAGCAGCAACUAGAGAGCUACUGUUGCGGCUUGAAAAGUACCCCCACCGUAUGAAUUUCAGUAAAGGCAUCCUGGAAUCACGGAGGCUGCAUUACAAACACUUAGCGAAGCUUCUGAGACCGAUUCCCUUGGAUACCCCAACAGAAAUUGAACUAACUCCUCGACUACGGAUCAGAGUCACCCUGUUCAAUGCAAAUCAUUGCACAGGGGCAGUGAUGUUUCUCCUAGAGGGUCAGGGUAAAGCAAUUCUAUAUUCAGGAGACAUCCGAGCGGAGACCUGGUGGGUGCAAAGCCUUGCCCGAAGUCCGGUGCUUCUCCCUUAUUCAAAGGGCAGUAAACAGCUCGAUAGGAUCUAUCUGGACACUACCUUUGCCCGAAGCUCGAAUGUGUACCGUGAAUUCCCACCCAAAGCAGAGGGAAUGGCCGAACUUUUGCAAAAGGUUGGCGAGUAUCCAGAUGACACUAUCUUCUACUUCAGAGCCUGGACGUUUGGUUAUGAAGAUGUUUGGAUGGCUCUUUCUGCAGCACUUGAUACAAAGAUCCACUUGGAUCCAUAUCAACUAGGGUUGUAUCGUUCACUUGCUGCAAAAAAGGGUAUCGCAGGACAAGCUCAAGAAGCGUCCUUCCUGUGUGGGUUUGAGCUAGGUAAUACAUUCAUUCCUGGUUGUCUCAGCGAUGAUCAAAAUUGCCGUGUCCACAGUUGCGAGCCGGGAGUAUCAUGUUCCACGAUUGCAUCUCGAAAAACGGUGUAUAUCACCCCAAUAGUCAAUCGCAUGAAAGAUGGAUUAGAGGUUCCUGAAGCAGGUGCUGGUGGAGGCGAUGGCGACCUCUUCCAGGUCCAUGAGCUUGAGCUACCAGAUCCGGAAGCUUUGGAGGAGUUGAAGAAACUGUGCUUUAAGCAUAUCCAUGAUGACAAUCUACUCUCUCAGACUAAUGAGGCCCUUUCUCGGGCUUUCAGAUCACAGAAGAAAGCGCUAUCAUUGGAAAGAUAUGGCGUAAAGAAUGACGGCGAGAUAUCCCUCGAGUCUCUCGUCCAGAUACUUGGCCGUGGUCAUUCUAUUGCCACCUCUGAAGAAGAUUUACCUAAGAUUUCGCGUGUGAUACACGACCGGUCAGGACGACCGCUUCCGAAAGAAAUACACUUUCCCUACUCUCGCCACUCAUCAUAUGCGGAGUUAUGUGAACUAGUGUCAAUUUUCAAACCCCAAGACGUCUACCCCUGCACCGUUGAUCCUCUCACUUGGAAUGAGGACGUCUCGAUGCGUCAUCUGUUCGGCCAUCUCUGUUCCGGGGACAAGUUCACACACGACACCUACAUGAGAGAAGUCCUCGCCAAUGAGGCAUUGACUUCUAGAGCAAGGCCGCAUAAUGAACAAGAGGAUCACUCUCAAACCACUCAGAGAAGCAGCAGCAGCUUUUUAGAUGGGAUAUACGAGACGCAGCACGGCGCCUCUCUUCCUAGAAAACGAUCGUUCGAUGCCCAUUCGGCACCAGACAGCAGCCCUAUCCAUAUUCCUGAAAGUAUUCAUGCACAUGCCUGCAAUUCCAGUUGGCCAAGCCAGCCGUGCUCGAUCGCAGACCCUUCUAUGGAAGCCCAAAGGGCCAAACGCAACUAUGUCCGACAAGCAUGGCGAUUUUUGAGGAAUCAUGAAGAAGAGACAGCGUUCCACAUCGGCCCGCUUCCCUCGACAUGGCCGUCAGCAGAGCAGGACGGUUUCAUACCGGCCGAGACGGACCAUUGCCUUUCAAACGAGGAUGCAGCACCAGAGACAUCGCCGAUGCAACCAGAAGAAGACAGCCAGCUGAGCACUGCCGCGGUAUCCAUUUCCGAAUCAGCCUUUUCCUCCUCGCAGCAACAUUCGAUUGACUUCGAUGACGAUCUCGACAAUAUUCCAUCCUCGAUUCCUAGAGAGCCAACGUCAGAACAAACCCUCCCGGCUUCUCUCCGCCGCACGAUUUCUGCGCAGAACCGACGAGCAGCGUACCUCGCCGCCAAGGCGGAUAACUACGAUGCGUGGAAUUCCGUCUCGAUCAUCUCGGCGGGUGACAACCAUACAGAGCCAGAGAUUGAACUUUGA